CUUUUCUUUCGGGAAUAUGGUGUUGAGGAGGCAGGAAGGGACAGACGGCGCUCAUAUUCCCUCUUUGACAAUGUCCAAUCUGAAGGCGCUGGGUUGAAACCCACACACUCAAUUCUCACUUAUGGGUCCACGGAUACAAAUGCAAAGUAAGCUAGACAAGUACGUACAUACAUACAUAUAUACAUACAGACAUCGCACUCGACCCGAUGACGAAGUAUCUCCGUACCCUUCUUUUAGCGUGUGGUCCCGUCGGAGCCAGUCACCCUGUCGUCUCCACGUCCAGACCCUUCUAUCCUUUUUUUUAUUUUUUUUUAUCAUUUUCUUUGACUCUGACCUUCCCUUGCCUCUGGAACAUGCUGCCAAUGCUCCCCCUUCCUCAGAGUGCCAAAGCCAACGCCGCCGACUUGGCCAAAGCUACGUCGGGGGGGUUGCAACGACGACCACUGUCCAGUCUUGUUGCACCUAAGCACCCUCUCCUCCACCCCCCCCCCCUCGUCCCUGUCACCGUCCCCGUCUCCGUCCUCGUUCCAGCCCAGUCCGCCAGUUCCGACUCCCCAACAGUCUAGGAUGUAAUUAGAGAAAGGGAGAGGGAGAGAGGCGGCGGCCAAGAGGAAAAACCAUCCUGUCGGGGGCACAUGGGUGUAAUCGAGUGU